AUGCAUACAUCCGUGCCACAGGUCUGGCGUCACGCCGCGCGCCCCUGUCGAUUCAUCGCCCGCCGCCGUUACCCCGUCGCAUCACGCGGGUUUCACCUUUCGCAACAAUACCUGUCCACUCCCUCCAAGGAUCCCCAGACCGGUCCCACCUCAUCGGAUAAUACUAUUGAUAAUUUCCAAUCGUCUCAUCUCGACGACACUCUCGCCAGAAAUGAUGUCUCUCCUCCAUCCUGCGCCGCGCAAACCAAUAAGCCAGUGUCACGGCCGUAUGGUUCUGCCAUGCGCAGGGCUAUGAGAAACAGGCAACCCGAGCAAAAACAAAAAGCUUCGGUGGACACAAAGAUCCCGCGUUGGUUUCAUGAACGCAACACUGUAACCCGCGGCACUGAGACGGAUACUCUCGUGCAAUUUCAACCCCAAGUCGAAAUCACGAAAUCGAAGUCAAUCCCCAGCCCAGACGAUACAGAACAAGAAGCCCUGGCAUUUGGUGGAGAUGGAGGAGAUCCUGCAGCUUCUGAUGAACCAUCAGGGUCAUCAGAGAGUAGGUAUGCCGUAGUAGAGGCUGUGUGGGAUGAAUUGCGUGCCUCCGUCAAAGCGGGUCUUCGACUGCCGCCAGCACAGUAUGCCAUGGAAUCAGCUGCCAAACAGUCCCAUUUGGUUCUUCAAUACCCCGGGAGCGAUGGGAUUGUGUUUCUGGACGCGGUGGUGAAGCAACUUGCGCGCGAACUCGACGCCGAUCUCAUUACCCUCAAUGCGCAAGAUAUCUCUCAGUUACUCAGUGAGCAGGAUCUUGCAGAAACAGGCGCCACAUCCGCCAUUCGCACUCUCGGAUAUGAGGUACACAAAAAUAUCAAGUUUAAUGAAGGCGAAGCCGAUGGAGAGGAUGAAGUUGCGGAGAUCGCGGGCGCUGGUCCAGGCAUAGAGGCUGAAGUCAGUACCCCUCGUUUCAUCACCAUUGAAGCUGGUCGAGAGGCCGGUGAUAUUCCGUUGCCAAAUUGGUUUGGAUUGAAAUCUCUUGUUGCAUCUAUCAAUGGACCUCAGGGCCAAGACGCGGGUUUGAUGCGGGGUUCUGGUCAAGGCACGGAGGCGCGCUGGACUCGCCUUCUCAAUGCCGCCCUUUCUUCAGUUGGUCAUCAAAAACAAACUGCUUAUGAAGAAACUGGAGGGUCUUCUGAGAUAGAUGUUGACAAAUCAGUCCUCCCUCGAGAAACCAUCGUUCAUGUACAAGAUUAUCUUGAGAUUCAGGGCUCGAAAGAGGGCUCAAGAGCUCUUGCCCUCCUGCAGAAAGUCAUCCAAGACCGAAGAGCAGCAGGUUCCAAUGUCGUUCUGCUUGGGAGUACUUCUCAGGAGCUGCGUCAUGCCACUUUUCAAGGGGGGUCGAAGAUCUUACAAGACGUAUUCGGCGAUGACGAUUUUUCCAAGACUUUGGUCAUCACACCCGCUAUGGAAUUGAAGACUAUAGAUAAGAAGUUUGCCGUGGAUCAAAGGAAUCGAAUAAUGGACGUCAAUAUCCGCCAUCUCCAAAGUAUGCUGCGCUACCGGCUUGGCGAAGCUUCUUGCGCCGUGAAAGACGAUAUCUUUGGUGACCGGUCUUGGUCACUGGAUACUGUGACCAUCAAGCAAUCUGGCAUCCGGGACCAUUUUUGGUCUUAUAACCAGGUCUAUUGGAUUGCAACCCUUGCCUUAGGUAGUGCGGAACCUAAUGAACCAUUUGGAUUUGAGCACAUCCGUCGCGGAAUUGAGGUGAUGGAUCGAGGGGGCCGGGUCACGACCGACUGGCUUAAGGAAAGGUCGCCUAAGGCUGCAGAAUCUGCCCUCGGACAAAACCGCGAACAAUUAAUAGCUUCCCUGGUCAAAAAGUGCAACUCACAUGAGAAAAAGCUGCUGAAUGGAGUUGUGGAUACUAAAAGCCUUCGCACGACUUUUGCAGAUGUGCAUGUUCCUCCUGGAACUAUCGACGCUCUGAAGACCUUAACCACUCUUUCCUUGGUUCGUCCAGAGGCUUUCACCUAUGGUGUCCUAGCCACCGACAAGAUCCCUGGUCUCCUACUUUAUGGGCCGCCUGGCACCGGUAAGACCCUGCUUGCGAAAGCUGUCGCCCGCGAGAGCGGAGCAACCGUGCUGGAGGUCAGUGGCUCUGACAUCUACGAUAUGUAUGUUGGCGAGGGUGAGAAAAACGUCAAGGCCAUCUUCACGUUGGCAAAAAAGCUAAGCCCGUGUAUUGUCUUUAUUGAUGAAGCGGAUGCUAUCUUCUGCUCGCGGACGGGGGCCAGUAACCGCACCUCUCAUCGAGAACUCAUCAACCAGUUCCUGCGCGAAUGGGACGGUUUGAAUGAAAUGUCGGCUUUCAUCAUGGUAGCAACCAACCGACCCUUCGAUCUAGACGAUGCCGUCCUCCGUCGUCUUCCCCGAAGACUCCUUGUGGACCUCCCCACCGAAGAAGACCGACUAGCAAUUCUCAAGAUUCACUUGAAGGACGAGCAACUCGAUCCAUCUGUCGACCUCGCCGAGGUAGCGCGUCGCACUCCUUUAUAUUCCGGCUCUGACCUAAAGAACUUGUCGGUGGCGGCUGCAUUGGCCUGCGUGCGGGAAGAGAACCAGGCUGCGGCACAUCACGAAGGUAAUCAGCCAUACCAGUAUCCAUCCCGCCGCACAUUGACCAGGGCUCACUUCGACCUCGGCAUGGAAGAAAUCAGCGCCUCGAUCAACGAAGAUAUGUCUUCGUUGACCGCUAUCCGGAAGUUUGACGAACAGUAUGGCGAUCGCAAAGGACGGCGUCCCAAGAAUCCCAGUUGGGGUUUCAUUUCCCCGUCUCCUGAGGAGUCUACAACCGAGUCGGCGCGCGUGAGGAGUUGA